UCUGCCCGAGCCGCAGCUGCUUCCACCAAGAGCACAACAAUGGAAGAGACAGCGAUAUGGGAACAGCAUACAGUGACCCUUCACAGGGCUCCUGGAUUUGGGUUUGGCAUUGCAAUAUCUGGUGGAAGGGAUAAUCCCCACUUCCAGAGCGGCGAAACGUCGAUAGUCAUUUCAGAUGUGCUGAAAGGAGGCCCGGCGGAAGGUCUAUUACAGGAGAAUGACCGCGUUGCAAUGGUUAAUGGCGUUUCGAUGGAUAACGUGGAACAUGCUUUUGCUGUUCAGCAGCUGAGGAAAAGCGGGAAAAAUGCCAAAAUAACUAUCCGAAGAAUGAAGAAAGUUCAGAUUCCAAUAAGCCGGACAGAUCCUGACCCAGCCUCUGGAAAUGAUGAGGACAGCUAUGAAGAGGACAUGCAUGACCCCAGAAGUUCUCGCGGUGCUACCAGUGCAAGCAGAAGGCAUGAGAAAAGCUGGGUGAGGGAUCGAAGCGCAAGCAGGGAGAGGAGCUUAUCGCCCAGGUCAGACAGGAGGUCGGUGGCGUCCAGUCAACCCACAAAGCCUACUAAAGUCACUUUGGUGAAAUCCAGGAAGAAUGAAGAAUAUGGGUUGCGCUUGGCCAGCCACAUUUUUGUGAAGGAGAUCUCCCAAGACAGCCUGGCGGCGAGAGACGGCAAUAUUCAGGAAGGUGACGUUGUACUGAAGAUAAACGGAACAGUCACGGAAAAUAUGUCAUUGACAGAUGCCAAGACCCUAAUAGAAAGGUCAAAGGGCAAGUUGAAGAUGGUGGUUCAAAGGGACGAGCGAGCAACUUUGCUGAAUGUCCCGGAUCUUUCUGAUAGCAUUCACUCUGCCAAUGCUUCAGAAAGAGAUGACAUCUCAGAAAUUCAAUCGCUGGCAUCUGAUCAUUCCAACCGAUCCCAUGACAGGCCCCGCCGCAGCCGCUCGCGAUCCCCUGACCAGAAGUCGGAGCCUUCGGACCAUUCCAGGCAUUCUCCGCAGCAGCCCAGCAAUGGCAGUCUCCGGAGUAGAGAUGACGAAAGAAUAGCAAAGCCAGGAGCUGUCUCUACCCCUGUGAAGAAUGUGGAGGAGCCCCCGGUUCCCAAAUCAGCAGAAGAACCAGUCAUGGAGAAAAAUGAGAAACAGACGCCACCACUUCCAGCAGAGCCAAAACCAGUCUAUGCCCAGGCGGGUCAGCCUGAUGUGGAUCUGCCGGUUAGUCCGUCUGACGGCCCGUUGCCCAACUCAACACACGAAGACGGGAUGCUUCGGCCGAGCAUGAAGCUUGUAAAAUUCAAGAAAGGAGACAGUGUGGGCUUGCGGCUGGCUGGUGGCAAUGAUGUCGGAAUAUUUGUGGCUGGUGUCCUGGAGGAUAGCCCUGCCGCCAAAGAAGGGUUGGAAGAAGGAGAUCAAAUUCUCAGGGUAAAUAACGUCGACUUCACAAAUAUCAUCCGAGAAGAAGCAGUGCUGUUUCUCCUUGAUCUUCCUAAAGGGGAAGAAGUCACCAUUCUGGCACAGAAGAAGAAGGACGUUUAUCGGCGCAUUGUCGAGUCAGAUGUGGGAGACUCUUUCUAUAUUAGAACUCAUUUUGAAUACGAGAAGGAGUCUCCCUACGGACUCAGCUUCAACAAAGGAGAGGUCUUCCGAGUGGUGGACACACUGUACAACGGCAAGCUUGGAUCCUGGCUGGCCAUUCGGAUCGGCAAGAAUCACAAAGAGGUGGAGAGAGGCAUCAUACCCAAUAAAAACAGAGCUGAGCAACUGGCCAGCGUGCAGUACACGCUUCCAAAGAUGGCAGGUGGGGACCGUGCGGAUUUCUGGAGGUUCCGAGGCCUGCGAAGCUCCAAGAGGAACCUCCGGAAAAGCAGAGAGGAUCUUUCUGCCCAGCCAGUGCAGACCAAGUUUCCUGCGUAUGAGCGCGUCGUUCUUCGAGAAGCUGGAUUUCUCAGACCUGUUACAAUAUUUGGACCAAUCGCGGACGUGGCGCGGGAGAAACUGGCGAGAGAGGAGCCGGAUAUUUAUCAGAUUGCAAAAAGUGAACCCAGGGAUGCUGGUACGGACCAGCGGAGUUCAGGCAUUAUUCGUCUUCACACGAUAAAACAGAUAAUUGACAGAGACAAACACGCGCUCUUAGACGUCACUCCAAAUGCCGUCGACCGCCUCAAUUACGCACAGUGGUAUCCCAUUGUGGUGUUUUUGAACCCCGAUUCGAAGCAAGGUGUAAAGACCAUGAGGAUGCGGCUGUGUCCCGAAUCCCGAAAAAGUGCCAGGAAAUUAUACGAGAGGGCCCACAAGCUAAGGAAGAACAACCAUCACCUCUUCACAGCUACGAUUAACUUGAAUUCCAUGAACGACGGCUGGUAUGGAGCGCUGAAGGAAGCCAUUCAGCAGCAGCAGAAUCAGUUGGUGUGGGUUUCGGAAGGAAAGGCAGAUGGUGCGACGAGUGACGACCUGGACCUUCACGACGACCGCCUGUCCUACCUGUCGGCUCCAGGUAGCGAGUACUCCAUGUACAGCACGGACAGCCGGCACACUUCUGACUAUGAGGACACAGAUACGGAGGGGGGCGCCUACACCGAUCAAGAACUGGACGAGACCCUCAAUGACGACGUGGGGACCCCUCCCGAGUCAGCCAUCACCCGGUCCUCCGAGCCCGUACGAGAAGAUUCGUCCGGGGUCCAUCACGAGAGCCCGACCUAUCCUCCUUACGCAGCCCAAGCUCAGCCUCAGCCGAACCACAGGAUCGAGUCUCCCGGCUUUAAACCGAACACGGCUCAGCCGAAAGCAGAUGCCUCUCCUGCAGCCCCUUACCUUUCCCCGUCGCCAGAAACGCACCCUCCUCCGGCCGUCCCAGCUCCGGCCGUUAACCCCGGCCUCGCGAGCCCCUGGCGGGAGGAGCCGGGCAUGGCACCGUACAACUCCUACCAACCGCAGGCGGGGCCCCUGAGGACGCCCGGCUCCGAGGCACCCCCCCUGCUGCUCAGGGACCAGGAGCCGCCGGCCUUGUCGCCGCACGUAGACCCAGCCAAGAUGUACCGGAAGGACCUGUACGCCAGUGAGGACCCCGCUCGGCCCAACUACGUCUUGAAGCAGCCGCUGCAGAGGACGGAGAAAGAUGGCAGUCUGGCCUACGACCCGCCUGGCCAGUACGCGGAGAAGCAGCCGAGCAGGGAGUACGAGCCCGUGCCGUACAGGUACGACUCCUCCAGCUACGUGGACCAGUUCUCCCGCGGCUACGACCCCCGCCUGCACUACGAGGAGCGGGUGCCUCCAUACGACGACCACUGGGCCUACUACGACGAGAAGCAGCCAUACCCGCCCCGGCCCCCGUACGACGGCCAGCCCCCCAGAGACUUUGACCCCCGGCAGAGCGGGGAGGAGGGCGCCGAGCGCGGCGGCUACUUCCCCGCCCAGCCCCGCUUUGAGCACGCGCCCAAGAACUUCGGCCUGGCGCAGCUGCGCUACGAGGAGCCGCCCCCGGCGGGGUAUGAGGUGCACGGGGGGCGGUACAAAGGCGAGGCCCAGGCCUACCCCCCCGCUGUGCCGCGCUCCCCGGAGCCCAAGCUCUACUUCGACCCGCAGCACCGCGGCUACGAGCAGCCCCCCGCCCAGGCGUUCGCCCCCAAAGCGGGCCCGUACGAGCCCCCUCACGGCGCCGCCGGGACGCUCCCGCCGCCGAGCAAGCCCGAGAUCCUGCCUUCCCACAGUAAAGCACUGCCCACGCCACCAGCCGAGGAGGAGGACGACCCGGCCAUGAAGCCGCAGUCCGUGCUCACGCGGGUGAAGAUGUUCGAGAACAAGCGGUCGUCCUCGCUGGAGAAGAUCAAGGAGUCGAACGACGGCCCCGUCGUCAAGCAGCCUCCAGAGCUCGCACCUAAGCCUGGCCUCGCCCCGGUGAGCGGCCCGAAGCCAGUCUCUCAGAAUCAGUACGAACACGACAAACCAGCUUACAGAGCCCCUGAACCGCAGAGACCUCAAGCAAACCCCCCUGAGGACAUCGUUCGGGCAAACCACUACGACCCCGAGGAAGAUGAGGAGUACUACCGCAAGCAGCUCUCCUAUUUCGACCGCCGGAGUUAUGACAACAAGCCUGCGGCACAGAUCGCCAGUAGCCAUCACGCCGAACCGGCGAAACCAGCCCUUCUCCACAACCAGUUGAACUAUACCAACUACCCAUCCAAGGGCAAGCCGGUGGACGUGGAGCCUCUGGAAAGGGCCGUGGGCGAGAAGCGCUAUGAGCCAGCUCCUCAAAUCACUCCUCCGCCUGUCCUGCCUCCGGUGCAGUACCCCCAGCCGCAGUCCGCGAACAACCCGAUCGUGUCCCUUCAGCCUAAGUCUGCCCUCACUGAAGUCAACUCUGUGUCGGACUUUGCAAACGCCACCCUGCCCAAGCCCGACCCACCACCGCUUCAAAGCAAGCCAGUGGCUUUCAGAACUUCCAGCCGGGAAGACACUGUGCAGUCCACCUAUUACCCUCAGAAAAGCUUCCCCGACAAGGGGCCGGUGAACGGGACAGAGCAGAUCCCGAAGACGGUCACGCCUGCCUACAACCGCUUCACGACUAAACCUUACACCAGUGCUGCCCGGCCCUUUGAACGCAAGUUCGAGAGCCCGAAAUUCAACCACAACCUCCUGCCAGAUGAGAAUCAGCAUAAGCCAGAGUUGCCCUCCAAAUCUCAGAACUCUGCCCAGCCAGUUCUAAAAGCACACGGCCCAUCCCAGCCUCUUCCAGAGUUCGACAGCGUGACGGACACGUUCUCCGUACAGGCCGACAAACUCAAGUACCAACCAAACAACGUCAGUGCUGUGCCUAGAGCCAUUCCCGUCAGUCCGUCUGCUCUGGAAGAUGACGACGAAGAAGAUGGGCACACUGUAGUCGCUACGGCCAGAGGAGUUUUUAACAGCAAUGGCGGUGUCCUGAGCUCCAUAGAGACUGGAGUCAGCAUAAUUAUUCCUCAAGGAGCCAUUCCAGAGGGAAUAGAACAAGAGAUCUAUUUCAAGGUCUGCCGAGACAAUAGCAUCCUCCCACCUUUAGACAAAGAGAAAGGUGAAACACUGCUCAGCCCCCUGGUCAUGUGCGGGCCCCACGGACUGAAAUUCCUGAAGCCUGUAGAACUCCGCCUCCCACAUUGUGCGUCUAUGACCCCUGAUGGUUGGUCUUUUGCUCUAAAAUCCUCCGACUCGUCGUCGGGUGACCCCAAAACCUGGCAGAACAAGUCUCUUCCUGGGGAUCCAAACUACCUUGUUGGAGCAAAUUGUGUGUCAGUUCUAAUAGAUCACUUCUAACCCUUUCGUUAGCAGAGCGACCUUAAGUGUGCAACCAAGAUUAAAAAACAAACAAACCUUGCCUAGAAACCGAACCGUUCUUUUCAAGUAUUAACAGUAUCUUAGUAUUAAGCGGUCUUUGCUUUGACUAACAACAGCUAGCGAGUACCAUUGUCAGGUACAUGCCACGGAGAAGAUCACGGAGGGAACGCCGUUCCCUCUGGCUUUCCUUAACUGGACACUUGUGAUGCAUCUGUGCAUAAAACUCUCUUAAACAACCACUGAAGCAAUGCAAUUUCUUUUUCUUUCUUUCUUUUUUGUUUCCAGAGGAACUGACAUUUGGUUCACGAUUCACUGCUGAAUUAGGUCUUUUUUCUUACCAAAGUUUUUUUUUUCCUUUUUAUAGAAAACAAACAAAACACCUUUGUGUUUAGAAUAUGCAAAGACUCUUGAAGUCACUGUUGGUUUGUUUUUGUUUUUUAAACUGGCGACCCUUUGACGCAUUUUGCCCACAAGGUGGAAAUGACGUUUUUGCUAGCACAAUACCGAUUUUUUCCCUCUUUCUGAGAAGGGAGAGUAACUGCACGGCUACUUAAUUGUACAAGAGAGACACAUUUUCUUUCCGUUUGUCAUGGGGAAAGAGAGAAAGCGCAUGUGAUAUGACUACGGUUUGUUUGCCUCUGUGGAUCUAUAAAUUAACCACAUCUCUGACAUUAACCAGCAGGAAUGCCUUACCCUCAUGUUUUUACUAGUCUUAGCUGACAUCCCUAGUUCUGUACUACUAAGUUUGUAUGGCUUCUGUGCUUACGUAGAUAAAUACAUCUUGGAGAGAGACUCGGUUUCCUUUUGUGAACUUGCUGGUUUAGAGAGAAGGCCAGAGAUAAAAAUACAAACACUUGUUUUUGCGCUGGUCAGCCAGAUGAGACCCUGAAGAACUUAAUGGUAUGUUUUCGGCUAUGCAUUUUGAAAAUUUAUAGAUGCUAUAGAUCGCUUGUAUAGAAUUCAUGCAUACCACUUUUGUUCUUGGUUUGUAAAUUAACUUUUAUAAGCUUUACCUUUUUAUAUAUAUAAAUAUAUAUAAAAAUACAAAACGGAAGUUUCUUAAUAUCUUUGUACUCUCAUACCUUUUGAGCCUUGAACUUUGACAUCUCGCAGCAAUAAAUCAGGCAUUUCUACAGUACACGAAAACAAGGACUUUUUUUUAAAGAAAAUGCACAACGUUGUUACCUUUUUAAGUGCUGCAUUUAAAGACUAACUCGGAAUUCUCUAGUUUGAUUACAUUCUUGGAAAAAAAAAGUAUCCCUGCUGUAAUUUUGUGAUAAGGAUGCUGUACUUGCUUAUGUGCCCUGAAAUGUAUUUUUUUACUAAUAGACAAUUUAUUAUGGCACAUUGGCACUAUUUCUGUUUAGAUAAUAUACCACUGCAUUCUGUUAAUCAGUUAUUUAGCUAUUCAGGUGUGGCUGAUUUUUUUUCUUUGCCGUUAUUAAAAACUACACAUUUCUAAAUAUACAGAAUAAAAACUGUUUUUAAAAUAA